CAGUUUAUCAAAGAAUAUCCAUCUAAACAUGAUAUCUGUUUGGAGAUGCUGAAAAAUUUGACUUCCAAAGGACUAGAUCAUAUAUCUACAUCUGAGAUAUUGUCUCAUUGCAUUUUAGAAGUAAUAAUUUACCAAGUGCAAUUAACUUUACAAGUUGAAGGUUAUGAAUCUGCCAUUUCAUUAUUUAAGAGGAAACUCAUUCAUUGUCAAAAAGAAAAAACUUGUGACCAAAAUGAACACAGUAAAGAAAAAGUUGAAAAUGUAAACAUGAAUCAAAUUUCAGAUGCCUUCCAUAUUGAUGAAACUAAAAAUCUUCAAGAAAAUGAUCAGUUUGUCUAUGAUUCUUGUAUGAAGAUGACAAAAGAAGAGAUUGAAGAAAAUUCUAUCAAAUUUUUAACGGAAAAAGAUUAUUGUUUUGCAUUGUUGUGUUACAUAUAUAUAUUUGUAUUUAAUUCUCUACCCGCGUUCAUUUUUCAAAAUGGUCAAGAUAAUCUUGGUCAUAUAGUUUCAAAGGAUUUAUUCCUGAUUGAUUGGUCACAAUAUUCAAAACUUAAUAAAUCUAAAGAAAUAAUUAAAGAAACAAUUGAAGAAAUUUUAUCUACUUAUUUAGAGAGAUGUAAAAAUAAAGAUUUAUAUUUUCCAUUUUAUUUUCAACUGAUUACUUUAGAAUUGUUUAAUGAAAAUUAUGAUUCAGCAAUGAAUAUCUGCAGGCAGUUACAAGAAUUAUCAUCAGAUAUUACUGAUACAUGGUUAUUAACAGCCAGAAUAUAUAUUCAUCAAUCUUUAUUUGAAGAAGCAAGCAAGAUUUUUGAAAAAGCAAUAACCAUUGCACCUUUUGAUCCUUACUUAUAUUAUGCGGCAUCUUUAUUUUAUUUUAAUAAUAACAACACACAUAAGGCAAAGGAUUUAUUAGAAAACUGUAUAUAUAAAACUUUUAAAAAUUCAGUCAUGUCUUGUAGAAUACCAGAAAGUGCCAUUUCUCUUUAUUGUAAAUUACUUGAACAUAAUAAUGAGAUAACUCAUCAAUCAGAAAAUCAAAAGAAAAAUGAGAUUCCUGAAAAAGCUCAAGCAUAUCUAUGGCUUAAUUAUAUGUAAGUAAAUUUUAAAUAUUG